AUCUACCCCUCCAGAACUACAUGGUGUUCGAGAGCUCUUUGCUCAUACUAUUUCCAUUGCACAAAACUUACGACAGCAACAAACAUGGCCCCGAGCAAAGAGUCAGAAGCACUGUCCGAUCUGUUCAAGGUUAUCGCAUCCAAGUUCCCUCGAGACGGCGAUCCUUUCCUCUCGCGAGCAGUAUACGACAAUGUCCACAAAGCAGCUGCAGAAUGUCCAGGUGUAACAUAUGGAGAUGAAGACGAUGUAGCUGGUCGGCCAGCGCUAUGGGUUCGCCCAAUGGGAGCUACUCCGAACAAGGUCAUGCUCUUCAUGCACGGAGGCGGCUAUUCCUUUGGAAGUCCCAAUAGCCAUCGCAAGCUCACAGCCCAUCUGGCCAAGGCGUGCAACGUGAAUGCAUUGUCUAUUGACUACAGAAUGACGCCUGAGCAUCCCUACCCGGCGCCACUUGACGACUGCGUCAAUGCAUACGAAUGGCUUCUGGACAAGGGCUAUGCACCAGACGGUAUCGUCCUGGCUGGUGACUCCUGCGGUGGUGGACUCGUAUCCGCCGUGCCUCUCGAAGCUCGCAAACGCGGUCUGCCUCUUCCCGGAGCAUCCGUCGCCAUGUCGCCUUGGUACGACCUCACUCUAGGCUCCGAUUCUCUCGCGCGCAACAAGGAAAAGGAUGUACUCGGCACGAAAGAAUUCGUGAAUAUGCUCGCAGAUCUUUACACGAAUGGAAAUCAAGAACUCCGAAAAGAUCCUGUCCUCAGUCCUCUGUUUGGCGAUUUGCAAGGACUCAACCCGCACUGGAUCUCGGUCGCUGGUCAUGACACUCUUUUAGACGACGGCAUCAAGUUUGCAGAGAAAGCGAAGAAGGCUGGAGUGGAAGUGAAUCUGGUUGAAGCUGAAGGACAGCAGCAUGUGUUUGAAUUCCUGGCCGGUAAGGCACCUGAAGCGGAUGAGUCGAUCAAGAAUAUUGGACAGUGGGUCAAGCAGAAGAUUGGCUCGUGAUUAGACGCCAUGCAGCAUCGCGCCAAUAAACAUUCCUCGGACUUGACUUCGCGACGCGCUUCCAUUGACAUAUAGCGCAAUGCCAAACAGAUCGUAUCGCAUCAGCGAGAGUAGCACAAAAGCUUUCAAGUGCACUCGAUCACUACCA